AUGGCGACGAACUCGGUGAUGCUCGUUGUCGCCGUCACCACCGUCUCCGUUGUUUCCGUUUUCUACUUGAAGGUGGAUCUACCUUCCGAACUCGAUGAUGACUUCCAGAUUCGUCUUCUUCCGACGCCGACAUCUGGUCGCUUACCCUUAGGGUGGAUCGAUUCGUCUUCUUCUCGAUUUCAAAUCUCAGUCAAUCCCAUAUCCCCAAUUGCAGAAGGACAUGGUGGGUGUGGGAGCGGAAGCGACGGAGCAGGGUCCAGGACUUGGUGUUUGCGAUGGUUGGUAUUUUUGUGA